CUUCAGCCUUAUGCGUGCAGCAACAUACUGUAUUUCUAUUGAAUGCGUAUUAUUCGCUCUAAAAAUCAACUAUACUAUUGCCAGGAGCUUGAACCGGGAUGCACCUAAGGGAAAAGAAAACCUGUUGGUGUUCAUUUGAUGUUGACGCGACAUUUUAAGCUAUAGCCUACAAAAAAACGUAUUCUAUGUCGGCGUCUUUUAAGUUAGGAGACAAUGCUGCAGCCGCCGUGUACAUACAAUUCUAACAGCGACAUAAAAAUAGGACGGCGGUUCUUUGUGAAAUGUUAUGUUUGACUACAACAAACGACCAACGACGACAUCUGCCGACAGCAAAAUCAGAAGUAUAACUGUCAACAACAUCACGGGAGGAUACGUAGCAGCUAGUUUGUCCGUUUGAAAAACAAAUCCAAUCAGCUUUACAGGACAGAAUAUAAUACCGAAAUCACAGGCGAACCACUAAAGGGGAUCCCCACCCCUCUUAACUCAAGUGAACACGCAUUUGAAGGAAAGGAGAUGGCGCUGGAGCAGCGGACAUAGUCUUGACUUUUCAUGUUCGGAAGUAGACUAUUAUGUUUGGCUUCCAAUAUAGAAAGGAAUAUAUGAGAUUGCAUUGGUCACUCUGAAAAGGGACAGGUGCGAUGGAGGUGUCCAGCCUGCCGCUGGAGCCGUGGCGGGUGAUCCUGUCCUAUCUUCCCCUCCCAGAUCUGGGCCGGUGCAGCCGGGUGUGCUGGGCGUUGCGUGACCUCAUCCUCAGCCUGGACAAGACCUGCUGGCGCCAGCUCUGCCUGAGCUGCCCAGAGUGGCGGCACCCCAACUGGCCCACCCGGCCGGAUCUGGACCCCCCGUCCUGGAGGGAGGCCCUGCGAACGCAGGCCAUGGCCAGCCGCACCUGGACCAGGAACGGGCCCGAACCGGAUUCACCUGCCUGCUUCUUCCUGUUCCGCCGCAGGAAGGACCGGAGGACGUGGCGCGUGGGGCCCGGGCUGGAGCACAAGAGCCUGCGCGGGGCCCUCUCGGUGGCGGGGGCCUACGACCGGGUGGUCCUGCAGCCCGGGGUGUAUGAGGAGCAGACGGAGGUGGUGCUGAAGGUGCCCAUGGAGAUCGUGGGCGAGGGGAGGUUGGGGAAAGUGGCACUGGUGGUUAGCAUCGAUCAGCAGUGCCCCACUGCCCGCCUCUGCAACCUGGUGUUAAUGCCCGCCUGGUUCUCCCCUGUGGUGUACAAGACAUCGUCAGGUCACGUUCAGUUGGACAAUUGCAACCUGGAAGGGGGCCAGAUUCAGGUACGGGGCCCGGGGACCUGCCAGGCCCGGUACUGCUCCUUUGGCCAGGCCAGCGGGGCCCACUUCCAGGGCGUGGCCCUCAGCCUGCUGGAGAGCUGCGACUUUUCAGGGAGUGACACUGCCUCCGUCACCGUGGAGCGCCCGCCUGCGUCUGACCGAAACUGGGCCUUCAGGCACCUGGCCGCCCUGGCCAAGUCCUCCACCGCCCCUUUCUCAUCUGCCACUUCUGGGGAGGGUUCUGCCGCGACCACCUUCGAUGGCGGGUGCCCCCUGGGCGCGGCGACGACUCCGGAGGACCUGUGGAAGGGGAGGAGGGGGCGCUGGUGCACGGAUGGCGGGGGCGGGGAGGGCUACAGAAAGGGCACUGUCAUCGAGGACGGCUGCGGUGAGAGCGAGCAAAGCGAAGGCGAAGAAGAAGAAGGAGCAGAGGGCGAGAAGGACAAACGGGCGGGAGACGAGGCCUCCGGAACGGAAGCGUAUAAGCUUUCCUACAGCCACCACUGCCUGUCCCAACUCCUCGAGCCGUCCCCUGACUACUUCCCAGGGCUCUACAAUGCGCCUCCGGAGUUGCUCUCUCUCCAGCAGGAGCUCCAGAGGGACCAGGAGGCCCAGGCUCUUGUCGACUCGGUCCAGGGCUGCCUGCUGCGGCACUGCCUGUUCCGUGACGGCAAGACCGGUGUGCUGGUGUGCAAUCGGGGCCAGGCGUGGGUGGAGGACACCGUGUUCCGCAGGCUGACCUCCGCUGUGCGCUGCAUCCAGAACGCCAAGGUGGUUAUGCUGCGGAACGAGGUGUGUGGAUGCAGAGGGUCUGGCGUGUUCUUCCGCCUUCAUGCCCGCGGCCUCAUUGCAGAGAACAACAUCCACUCCAAUGCCGAGGCGGGGCUGGAUAUUCGCAGAGGGGCCAACCCCAUCAUCCUGUGUAACAGAAUACACAGUGGUUUGCGUUCUGGAAUCGUCGUCCUGGGAAACGGGGAAGGUUCCAUCCGCAGCAACCAGAUCUACGGAAACAAGGAAGCGGGCAUCUACAUCCUGUACUAUGCGAGACCGGUGGUGAGAGGGAAUCACAUCUUCCAGGGCCAAGCAGCUGGCAUUGCAGUCAAUGAGAAUGCGAGGGGCAUGAUCAGCGAAAAUGUGAUCCGGGAAAACCAAUGGGGUGGCAUUGACAUCAGGAGGGGCGCCGACCCCUAUGUGACGAAAAAUGUCAUUUGCCACGGCUACUCUGACGGAGUGGUGGUGGGAGAGAGGGGGCGGGGCAACAUCCAGCACAACUACAUCUACUGUAACAGUGGUUGCGGGGUGUGGGUGAUGUCAUCCAGCAUCCCCCAUCUUUUUUGGAACAGUGUGUCACACAACCGCAUGUACGGCGUGGGCGUCUUCUGCCGCGAGGACAGCAGGCGGCGGGACGCGUACCCAUCCGGGCAAGGGGGCGGCGGGGGAGGGGCGGGAGGAGGAGGAGGAAGAGGAGGAGGAGGAGAGAACGUGAACGUUAACGAGGAUGCCUGGGAGAGUGAUAUGGAGAGUGAUGGGAUGCUCUUCUACUUUUGCCCGCCCAUCAGCGUGGCGCAAAUGGACAGUAACUGGAUCAGCCACAACGGAGACGCGGGGCUGUACGUGAAGAGCAACAAAGCCCUCAACAUCACGUGGAACAUGGUGCUUAGCAACGGCGGCGUGGGCGUGGCCUUGCUCCAGAGCGCCCAGCUCUCCCGGCUUGCCGGCAACUGCAUCUGCAGUAACGGCCGAGUGGGGAUCACCGUGGCAGCCGGCUGUCGCAUGGAGCUCCGCAACAACGGCGUCUACGACAACGCCGGCCCUGGCAUCAGUUCCCGUGGUGACGGGCUGAUCGUGGAGAAUGAUCUGGUGGGGAACCGGGGCUGCGGCCUACGGCUGAGGGGGUCCGCCGACAUCAAGGUGUUGAGCAACCGCAUUCAGUCCGUACGCGGGUGUGGCAUCGCCGUGCUGGGGCAGGUGACAGGGGUGGUGCAGGAGAACCUGGUGUUCCAAGGUUGGGACGGCAGCACCAAGCCUCUGCUCCAUCGAGAUCUUAGCAACAACACCUGUGAGCUGCUCAACAACACCUUGCUCACCCGUAGCAGGAAAAGUAACAGGCAAACUGACCCCCCCUGGGCCCUGGAGAAUCCCCCUCCACGUCCCCAACCGGAAGCACGGCCCAGAAGAGCCCGCACGGCCCCCCCUGCCCAACGCAACACCAUCGCGACCAGGAUCAGGGCCAGGGUGGAGAGCGGUUGCCAUGACAACAGCAGCAUCUUCUGUGACAUCCUUUGAGUUUCCGCUGUGCCUGUCACCACUCUGCAGUGCACCCAAACCCGGCUGCUUGCUUUUCCUGUGCACUGAUACGGAGCUAGGCUUCUGUGACCUCACAAGCACCUACAGUAGCUCCGGAGGAAGAGAGCCCUGAUGCUGUUCCUGUGCACUUAUAUGGAGCUAGGCUUCUGUGACCUCACAAGCACCUACAGUAGCUCUGGAGGAAGAGAGCCCUGAUGCUGUUCCUGUGCAGUGAUAGGGAACUAGGCUUCUGUGACCUCACAAGCACCAACCCCCGGAGGCCUGCUGCUGUACGUGUGCACUGAUCUGGACCUAACCUUCUGUGACCUCGCAGACACCUAUGACCUUACCAACUACGCAGAGAAGCAGAAACUGUGGAAAGGGGUUGGAUGUUUGAGUGAGGUCUGACUGUCUGUGUCACUGCCAAAUUAGUCCCCCUAUGCCCAGUGAAAGGCACUGUACUGAUUAGUGGGGGUCUGGCGUUGGGUGCCAGAAGUGCUUGUCUAUGAAUGCUUCAUACAGUUUCAGUGCGGUGUUGUCCUUUUUAUCUCACCCUUCUCAGUACCCAUGAUGCAACUGUCUUUGCCAACCUCAGUUAAUUACACGUACACUACAAUAUUUAAUUAUAUGUACACUACAAUAUCAGCAGAUGUAAUAAACCACUAAUACAGCCAUCAGGGGUUUGCCAUUAUGAGUUAUGUUUGAUCCAGUUGACUCCUAAAAACUAAUAAGCAUUUUAUAACCAGCAUUUAAUAGCGUCUGGUAAUAGCUGGCCUUAUUGUAUUUAAAGGAAUAAACCAACAUUGGGAAAUAUACUAUUCUUCUGACUUACCCAGACUUAGACGAGAUGUUCAAUUUCAUUUUCGUUUUUGUGCAUUCACUGGCUUGGUUUCCAUGUUAGCAUAAUGUGUUGGCUUAGCAUAAACACUUGAUGCCUUUAUGAGUCAGUAGCCUACCUCCUUCAAAGUGAAGAAAUACAACUUACAGAAUUAUUGAAACAUCUUUCCAUCUCCCAAAAAUAAAUAGGAAAAACAUCCCAGGCCUGCCUAAUGGUCAGUUGUCUGUCGAAUAAGUGAAAUUUAUCACUAUGUAAUGGAAAGAAGGUAUUUUUCCCAAAAUGUUGGCUUAUUCCUUUAAGGGGUAAGAUACUGAUUUUAUGUUCUGCAAUAACUGUGCCUAUAUGUAUUUAACAGUGCUGUGCCUUGCCUUUGUGGUCUUAAUCAACAUCCAUGUUAUGUUCCUUUUUUCAAAUUUGAGUUUCAAUUAUUAGCCCUUAAAAUGCUUUGAGGACAUUUAAUGACACUUGACAUUUCCUCAUUAAUAUCCUUUCAGUUUUCAAAGUACACAAUGCUGUAUUUCUGUUGACUUUGUUAUCAGCAUUAGAUACUCUAUUAGGUAUUGCACAAGACAUAUGAGACUGAAGGCCAUAUACUGUAUGUCAAUUUGUUGAAUGUGUUCUUGUUUAAUUGUGUCCUGUACUUUUCAGAGCCUCUGGUGCACAUGUUGCAUACUGCAAUUAUUUACACAGUGUAUUUACUUUAUUACAUGAAGUCAUUAAAGCACUUUACUGUUUUAAAAUGUGUUGGCUUGUAGCUGAAGUUAGAUUUCAUGUUUCCAGCUUUGAUCUUUAACAUAUUUUCUGUGCAAUAACCUGAACUACCAUGCUGAUUCUGAGAGAUGUGAUUAUCAGUAUAAAUGGUCACUAAUAUUACUUCACUUUGCCCAUUUCAUAACUAAAAUCAUUCAAUGAGCACUUAAUAUCCAAACUGUAAAUAAUGAAAAUUUGUGUAAAUGCUCUUGGUUGAUUAACUGCAAUUAAAUCUUAAAUAUCUAAA